GGUGCUCUACUUCGGCUCGAGUGGGCGCUCCUGUCUCCCUAGCAUCGCCGGCAGCCUGUUUCGAGUCCCCGUUCCGCGAUGACGUCCGCCAUGGAAGGCUCAAGCGAAGGCUACCCAGACACGGACGAGGAGGCCUACUUCCCCGAGACCGCCUACCAUCUUCCACCAUGGCCCUGUGAUAACACCGAGCUCCUGCGCGCGUACCUCCUGAGCUCCUACGGCGUACCGCACGUUCCAGGAGGCACAGUGGAACUCGCCUCAACACCCUCAAACACCGAGCUUGAUCUGACUUCCAGGGUGAGCAGUGGUUCCAAUGAUGAUGCGCUGAUUGCAAGCAUUCUCGAGGAGGAGGUCGGGAAGGCGAAGUCAGGCGGCAGCACCCCGAGCACCCCGAGCACGGUCGGCGCUCGUGGGAGGCCACCGCGUGCCAGGAAGGCACGCCCAGUUGCGGCGACGAAGGAUUCGAUGGACCAGUUGCAUGCUCGAGCGUUCGCGAUUGGAGCGCUCGCGCUGGAGAGGGCUCGUGCUAUGGUCAAGCCUGCGCAGAGCAGCUCGGCGACCCUCUUGGUUCAAUGAGCGCCGGCACUGAGCCGAGCUGAUACGGUGCAGGGCGGCAACCGACGUUCUUGGAAUUCCGCUCGAAAUGCCCCCGAAUCAAUCGGGGGAUCCGAAGGAAUUGGAGGAUCC